CGAUUUUAACCAAAAAACUAACCUAAAGAAGACAGUUCCUCGAGCAUAAUAUACUUGCAACGUAUCGAGUAUUUAGUGGGGUUUUAAAAUGAAUAAUGUUUCCAGCGGUGCUCUGCAGGUCUCUUUCGUUUGUAUGUGAAGCUGUGAACUUCGGCGCUGUUGUUCGUGUUAAUAAAGUUUGUCGAUUACUGUUGACAACCACAUGGCUGCGCCCAUUGAGGAAGUGUUGUGACUUAAGUGCAUGAAAGGAAAUUAAAAAAAAUGCCCGCCUCAGUCCAAAAACUGCAACAAAUGGCAAUUUACUUGGGCAUUGUUGGAGGAGCAGCAAGUGCAGUGAUGUAUUACCUCAUGCAAAAAAAUUUUGCAAAGUCCCAAUACUUUCAGCUUGCUGUGGAGAAGCUUAAAGUUCAUGAAAUGGCGAUGGAUUCUCUUGGAGCCCCACCAUUGAAAAUCCACAACAUUAGGCUUACUGAUCGGCAUAAUCGUGUGGAUAAAGAAAGAGCAAAGCUCAAAAUUCCAGUUUCAGGAGCCAGAUCUGCAGGAUAUCUGUACAGCUUCUCAACUAGAGAUGCUACAUUGGACAGGUGGCAUUUAGAAGAGGCUCUACUUCAGCUCAAAGAUGGGACAUCAUUUGUGCUUUUAAAUGAAAAAGAAGAAAUAGAAGCAGACAGAGCCGAGUGUGGAGACCGCAUCUUCACUAAUUAGUGGCACAUACUGUUAUUUCUGCAGAUGAACUGCAUUUUGCUUUUAGUAUAAUGUGCAAUUAAACAAAUGAAAUAUCAAUUUACAGAAGUGCUCUAUGCUGCUACAAAAAUGGAUACCUAACUCCUUUGUAUUCACACAACCCAUGUUUUAAUCUUCAGUAGCAAGUACCAUAAACAAAAGCACAGUUUGUCAAUUCACACCAUAAAACUUGGAUCAUCCUGUAGUUCUGUGAAGCAAACAAAAAUUAGCAACAUAUCCGAUACACGUGCCAGUGCCCAGACAUCUUGUCUUGUACAGUUUCAGAAAGUACUUGGACCCCUUCACUUUCUUCACCCUUUGAGCUGUACAUUUAACUUUAAAUAUAUACACUUACCAGGUUUUCAGAUCAAUCUACACUCAGUAACCCACAAUGACCAAAUGAAAACAUGUUUGCAGAAAGGUUUACAAAUCUAUUAAAAAUCAAAAACUGAAACCUGUCAUUCUUACCAGUAUUCAGACCCUUUGCUGUGGUAGCCCAGGUUGUAGUAAGAAAGUAGAAAGUAAGUGGAGUCCCGCUUGACUGGACAUUGUAUGGAAAGGCACACACCUCUUUAUAUAUGGUCACACAAUUCACACUGCACGUCAGAACAAAAACCAAGCCAUGAAGUCCAAAGAACGUGUCAUAGAUCUUAGUGAUAAAACUGUAGUAAGACAUAAAGCGUCGAGUGUUUCCAGGAAACUGAAGAGGUUUGGAACCAAACUGAGCAAAGGGGUGAGAAUGGCCUUGGUCAUGGAGGUGACCAAAAAUCCAAUGGUCACUUUAAUACAGCUUCAAAAGUCCUUUACCGAGAUGGAAGGACGACUAUCCCAGCAACGCUCCAUUAAUCAGGUACACAUGACAGCACACUUAAGGUCUGCCAAACAAAUUUAAAGGAUUCAUGAGGGAAAAGAUGGUCUGGUGUGAUGAGACAAAAAUGUAACUCUUUGGGCAAAACUCCAAGCUCUCUGUCUGGCUACGACCAGGCACUGCUCAUCACCCGUCUAAUACAACCUUAAAGUGAAACAUUUUGAUGGAAGCAUCAUGCUAUAGGGAUGAUUCUCAGUGGCAGGGCCAUUGAGACUGAUCUGAAUUGAGGAAUAGAUGAAUGCAGCCAAAUACUGAGAGAUCCAUGAAGAAAACCUGCUCAGGUGUGCACAUGACCUCAGACUGGGGUGAUGGCUCACCUUUCAGCCAAUGACCUGAAGCAUACAGCCAAGCCAACGCUGGAGUGACUUUGGGACAAAUCUCUGGAUGUCCUUAAAGGGCCCAGGCACAGCCUAGGCUUAAACCCAUCGAACAUCUGUGGAGAGACCCAAAGAUGGCACUCUACAGAUGCUUUCCAUCCAAUCUAAUAAAGCUUGAGAGGAUCUUGACACUGUCUUCAUAUACUAAUUACUAAAAUAUUCAGGAAGUUCUUAUUAAAGUACAAAAGCAUUAACAGUAAAGGCACACAUGGCUUAUAACAAAAGCUUUUUUAGCAAAAAAAUGGAAUAAAAUGUCUUGGUAAAAGUCUUUAUUCAAAGCUAAAUCACACUUUUAAAUGUAGAAAGAAAUGUUCUGCUUCUUCCUCCUACACUGAGAUGUAAAUUAAAUACGGUCAAACUCGGUUUUAACAAGCUCGGUUAUUACAAACAUUUGACCAAAUCCUGGACUUUUGCGAGCCACUUAGCGGAAUAAAUUUCAAUAUGCAAUAAAUUUCUUAUCUAUUGACUGGAACAGUGUGACGACUCUUACCAUACAGAAUUGCUUCAGGAAAUCAACAUGUCAUAUUUUUGAAGAUGAUAAUGAAUUACCGUUAUCUACAUGGGUUCUACAAAACAACAUUGAAAUUAAUAAUGUAAAUUAAUAUGACUAUCAACAUGGGGAUGACGAAUUGUUUACUAGUGGAAUUCCUACUGAAAACAAAAUAAAUGCAUUGCUUCAAAAAGAAGACGACGAUGAAGAGGACAAGGAGGAGGAUACCACUGGCAUAUUGGAUUUACCAGAACGCAGUUUACCAACAUUGUUUGAUGGCAAAAACACCUGCAAUAGAUUGGUGGCAUUUUCUCAAGGGACUGACGCAGAAAAGCAAGUGUUGGAUGCAUUAAGAGGCAAACUGCAGGACUGUAGAUUACAAAGUUUAAAAGAAAAAAGUAAUUUGGACUUUCUUAGAAAAUUGCAUAUUGUACUUAAUGUAUGUUUUGAUUAAGGGCUAAAUGUAUAUAUUUUUCAAUAAAUCACUAUUACUUUAA